UUUUUAAAUUCCCUCUUAGCCCAUCCACGCUGAGGAAUGAGAUCCGGAUGCACUGCAGCUUCCGCAGGAGCACCUCGGGUCCCUGCGCCUAGGUACGGCCUCCCCUUUCCUCGAAGGUGGUUGCGCCCACGCCAACCCGGAAGUGCUUGAGGUCCGACCGGGGUCAUGGAUCCGCAGGGCCGCGUGUGCAGUCCGAGCGGAGCACCGGCGUCCGCCGAGCCUGCUCCGGCCUCGGUGACCCUGGCAGAGCUCCUGCGGCUGGUCCAGAAAGGCCAGGAGCUUCCGGGUCUGGAGAAACGCCACAUCACUGCGACCCAUGGCGAACCCACGGCGUCGCUGCUCCCGCGGAGGCCCAAGCCCUGGGAGGACGCGGGCUCGGCCGCCUCCUCCCGCACCACCGCCCUAGAAGCCAGGACGCAGCCCCCGACCGUGGAGGAGCCGUCAGGGGCCAGCCCGGAGGCCCAGCUCGGCGGAGGCCCAGGGGAUUCCUGAGAUCCGGAGGCGUGGCUGGAUCCUGCAGCAGCUUGAGGGUCUGGACACCCGCCACCCUGACUCAUGCUUCUGCAUCUGCCCUGACCUGUCUCAGUCGGAACUAGUCUUCCUGGAGCAGUCAGCGUUGCCCAGUAAUUUUGGUUUUGGACUCUGAAUUUUAACUGUAUAACGUGGUCCAAUCCAUCUGUGUAAUUGAAACAAGUCUGUUAAUUUCGUUUGUCACAGUAGCAGGACAUGACUUCCCGGGUCAGCCUAUCCUGACGAUAAAGUGAACGUGGGACCCAAAAGGCAUUUUGUAGUUGUUUUGGUUUGAUAAUUCGUUUCCGAAACGAUGCAGCAAGUGAAAUCCUUAGAAAUCCUGGCUUUUGGAAUCGGCGAAGGCAGGCAGUUUUUUAGUGCCUCCGAGGACCUGUGGGAGUCACGUGUCGGUCCCAGGAAUCGAGCUCUGGCUCGGCAGCAGGCGUCUUUCCUACUGAGCUAUCUCCAGGGCUGGAACUGGAGUUGUCAGCUGCCAUGUGGGUGCGGAUUUCUGAAAGGGCACCAGGCGCUCUCAACCGCGGAGCCACCUUUCCAGGACCCUAGGACUUGUUUGUGAAACCAUAGAUAAGUUUCACAAUGUGCAGCAUGUUGAGUCACAUGCCCUGGCACCGGGUGAACAGCUCUGAGCCACUUGGCUCCCUCAAGGUUUUUGAGACAGGGUAUCUUUAUAGCCCUGACGGGCCUUGAAUUCAGAGACCUACCUCUGCAGUGACAAGCUUUCUAGCAGGCUUCCAAACUGGCUCCUGGCAUCAACCAUUUCCUGUAACAAUAAAACCUAAUCGGCAGCAUGGCAGA